AUGUCGAACGAAGAAGGAGCAGAACAUGAUAUGAGUUUUUGUGUUCAAAAGGGCGAAUCAAUAAUGUUGAAAACAGUUUCAGGAUCGAAGACAUAUGAAAAUCUUGCCGAGCAACGAACUCAAAUCGAUCGAGAACCAUCAGCAGAAAAAGAUGAACCAGAGCGUGUGCCACGUGUUCGUCGACCAAGUAUUGUCAUUCGUGAACAUCAAUUGACGCAAUAUCCCAUUAAUUAUGAUCCUUCACCUCAGAUUAUUCGUAAAACAGUAGAUCCAAACCAUCAACCAAUUGUUUAUAAACAACAAAUUGCUGUUCGAUAUCUAUGUCCACCCACUCCACCUCCACCAGCGCCGUUAAUUAUUCGAGAAGUUCGAACUCGCGACCCAUCACCAUUACCACCAAUUAUUAUUCGACAACGACCACCAGCACCAGCCACACCACCGCCUAUAAUAAUUCGAGAGCGUCCACCAACUCCACCAUCUUAUACAACACCAAAAAUUAUUUACAAACGAGUAUCACCUGUUCAACAGCAAACAUCACGUCGUGUUAUUAUCGAACGCUUACCACCAAUGCCUGCUAAGCCACCUGAUAUUAUAGUUGAACGUUGGCUUCCAUAUAAACAACAAAAACGGCAGGUUAUUUAUGAAAAGGCUUUACCCGCCAACGAUGACAUGCCACCAACAUUUGAUCAACAACUUCCAAACAAUGUUAUCAUUCAAUAUGCUAAUCCAUCGGUUCGAAUAGAAAAACAAAUGCGUUCAUUAGGUAUAGUGCGAUGUGAUCCAUAUGGAAAAGACAUAAGUUCCGCUGUAUCUUCUCCUGUUUUAAAUGAACCGAUCUAUCAUAACUUUUCAACUUCAAAAUACGAAAAUCUUUAUCCAAUGUCAAAAUAA